UUUUCCUUUGUGUGUUUGUUAUUUCAAAAACAGAAAGGUGAAGAGGAGCAACCAUGUCAGACAGCAAUGUUCCUGAAAUAAAGUACGAUGUUUUUGUCAGCUUUAGAGGCAAGGAAAUCCGUGACGGAUUUCUUAGCCAUCUGACUGAGGCAUUUGACACGAAGAAAAUAAAUGGCUUUGUAGAUGAUAAACUUGAGAGGGGAGAAGAAAUAUGGCCAUCACUUGUUGCAGCUAUUGAAAGAUCAGCCAUUUCGUUGAUCAUCUUCUCACCAGACUAUGCUUCUUCUCGUUGGUGUUUAGAAGAAGUUCUGAAAAUAGUUGAAUGUAAAGAGAAAUAUGAACGGAUUGUAAUUCCGGUUUUCUACAAAGUGGCACCAACAGCUGUAAGACAUCAAUCUGGAAGUUACGAAAAUGCAUUUGCUAACCAUCGACUAAACUAUACCAGACAGGUGCAAAUGUGGAAAGAUGCUUUGAAAAAAUCUGCUGAUUUAUCUGGAAUUGAAUCGUCCAAAUUUAGAAAUGAUGCUGAGGUGGUUAAAGAAAUUGUCGAUCUUGUGGUGAAGAGGUUGGAUAAACCCCAAGUUAACCCAAAAGGACUUGUUGGAAUCGAUGAAAAAAUUGCUACUUUGGAAUCAUGGAUCAGUGAUGAACCAAAAGCCACUCAACUCGUUGGAAUUUGGGGUAUGGGGGGUAUUGGUAAGACAACCCUUGCAGAAGUGGUAUUUCAUAGACUACGAUCUCAAUAUCAAGAAUCUUACUUCUUAGCCAAUGAAAGAGACCAAUCAAAAAAACAUGGAUUAAUUCAUUUGAAGAAAAUUAUGUUUUCUAAGCUGUUGGGACAUGAAGUGGAUAUUGACACUCCAAAUUACUUGCCUGAAAACAUUGUUAGGAGAAUUGGUUGUAUGAAGGUUCUUGUUGUUCUUGACGAUGUGAAUGAUUCAGAUCACAUAGAAAAACUGGUGGGAACUCUUGAAAAUUUUGGUAAGGGUAGUACAGUGAUUGUGACAACUCGAGAUGAGCAAGUGCUUAGGAUUAACAGAGUCAGAAAGACAUACAAGGUGAAAGAAUUUAGUUCUGAUGAAGCACUUGAACUUUUCAAAUUGAAUGCCUUUAGUGGAAGUGAUGAGGAAAUGGAGUACGAUGAGAUAUCAAAAUCAGUAGUUCAUUAUGCCAAAGGCAAUCCAUUAGUUGUUAAAGUUUUGGGUCAUCUUCUUCAUGGAAGAAAUAAGGAAGAAUGGGAAAGUCUGUUGGCCAAUCUAAAAACAAUGCCUCCAAGAGAAGUUUAUGAUGUAAUGAAACUGAGUUAUGAUAGUCUAGAUCGCAAAGGGCAACAAAUUUUUCUAGAUUUGGCAUGUUUCUUUCUUAGAAUGCUUGUGCCAGUGCAGGUUAGUGAUCUGAAAUGUUUAUUGAAAGACAAUGAAAGUGAUAAUUUAGUGGCUUUUGAGUUAAGAAGACUGGAAGACAAAGCUCUCAUAACAAUCUCUGAGGACAAUACUGUAUCCAUGCAUGAUAGUUUACAAGAAAUGGCUUGGGAGAUUGUUCGUCAAGAGUCUGUUGAAGAUCCUGGAGGCCGCAGCCGGUUGUGGGAUCUCAAUGACAUCAAUCAAGCUUUGGAAAAUGAAAAGGUUAGUGAGGCCAUUAGAAGCAUUCAUUUGACAUCUGAUACUGCAAUAACAUCAACUAAGAAGCAAAUGUUAAGUCCUCAAAUAUUUGCUAUGAGAAAAUUAAAAUUUCUGGAUAUUUCUGGGGUAGAUGAAAAUGCUUACCACCAAGUUAUUCUUGGUGAAGGAGCUAACUUUUUGGCCACUGAACUAAGAUUUCUGAACUGGGAGAGAUUCCCUAUGAAGUCCUUGCCAGAGAGUUUUAAUGCUGAAAAACUUGUUAUAUUGGAUUUGAUGAUUGGAAGAAUGACAAAGCUGUGGGAUGGAGUGAAGAAUCUAGCGAAUUUAAAAAGACUUAUUCUCUAUUGCGCCAUUAAGUUAAAGGAACUUCCAGAUUUAUCAGGAGCCAUAAGACUUGAAGAACUGUACCUCAGUGGCUGUGAUAGUUUGACAAGCCUGCAUUCAUCUAUUUUCUCUCUGCCAAAACUUGAGAUAUUGGAUCUUCAUCACUGCAUCUCCAUUGCCAUACUUCCAAGCAAGUUUGAGAAGAGGGUGUCUUCACUUUGGAGAAACAGUGAAUUGAGGUGUCUAAACAUGAGUAGUUGCGAGCAGCUUGAAACAAUAGCAGAUCUUCCCCCUUUCCUUAAAACUUUAAAUGUCUCCUUCUGCUUAUCACUAAAAACUCUACCCAAGCUUCCUCUUUCCCUUCAAAUUCUAAAUGUUUCCUUUUGCGAGUCACUUGAGAGUCUACCAGAGCUUCCCCCAUUACUUUCAACUUUAAAUGUCACCUCGUGCUAUUCACUUCAAAUUCCAACCAACCUUCCCUUGUCUCUUCAAAUUGUAAACCUUUGUGACUGCAGCUUAUUUCAGACUCUAGUUGAGCGUAUUCGAUCCGUUGAAACUAAAGAUACCAAAAAUUCCAGAUUAGUACAUCAAACUCUAUCAAAGCUUCCCCUACCCUCAGAGAUUUCGUGUUCCUGCAAUUCAAUCAAGACUGGAGCAGUGUCACUCUCGUCUUUCACCUCUCUGAUUGAAGAUUGUCUAUCUUCCCUGAAAUUUAAGACAGAAGAAUAACACGAAAAGACAAGAAUGGUGAAAAGAAACAAAAUAAUUUUUAUAUGAGAAAUGUCUGUUCAUGAAAAAUGUAUAUCUAGGUGCAUGUUGGAGUUACUUACUGACUGUUAUCUACUGAAACAGUAAAAGUGAAAAUAGAACGAUUGACUUCAG